AAGUAACCUCUCAAAAGUCAUUCUUCUCUCUCUAUAAACCUCUUCAUUUGUGUCUACUCUCAUAAUUCUCUAACUCCAUCCUCUCUCUCUCUCUCUCUCUCUCCUUCUCACACACUCUCUCUCUCUCUAUAUAGACAUAUAUUUAAGAAGUGUUAUUGGACAAUGCCUGCUGAAGUUUUGCCUGAGAAAACCUUCCAAGGGAUGCAUGUUUAUGGAAAAGAAACCAAUCCUAUCUUCUAUAGAAGGUUGGAAGGAAAGAUUGCAAUUGUCACCGGUGCUGCCGGGGGGAUUGGGGCAGCCACCGUGAGGUUGUUCGUCAAACAUGGUGCUAAAGUAGUCAUGGCGGAUAUCAAUGAUGAAAAUGGACUCGCACUCGCUAGUUCACUGUCGCCUUUAGUUAUGUAUGUUCAUUGCGAUGUUAGCUUGGAAACCGAAGUAAAAAACCUAAUUGACUCAACAAUCUCUCGGUAUGGUCGUAUUGAUAUCAUGUUCAACAAUGCUGGUGUGCUUGGAAACCAAUCCAAGCACAAAAGCAUUGUUGAUUUUGACGUAGAUGAGUUUGACAAAGUAAUGAGUGUAAAUGUGAGAGGAGUCGCUCUAGGGAUGAAACAUGCCGCUAGGGUUAUGAUUCCCAAAGGAUGUGGGUGCAUAAUUUCAACCGCUAGUGUGGCAAGUGUUAUUGGUGGGAUGGGCCCACAUGCAUACACAGCUUCAAAGCAUGCUAUAGUCGGGCUAACAAAGAAUGCAGCUUGUGAGUUGGGAAAACAUGGGAUUAGAGUCAACUGUAUUUCACCUUUCGGCGUAGCAACUUCAAUGCUUGUAAAUGCUUGGAGAAGCGAAGAUGAAUGUGUUGAAGAUCAAGAGAUAAAUUUUAGAGUACCCAACAAGAAAGAAAUUGAGAAAACCGAAAACUUUGUGAGUAGCUUAGCAAACUUGAAGGGUACUAACCUAAAAGCCGAAGACAUAGCGGACGCGGCUCUUUACCUUGCUAGUGACGAGUCUCGAUAUGUGAGUGGUCAUAACCUUGUUGUGGAUGGUGCCGUUACAACGUCAAAAAACUGUGUUAACUUGUAAGAAAGAUGAACAAGUAAAGCCUUAUUGGAUAAUUGCAACUUUUUGUUUAACUAUAAUGCAUCAACAUGUUACAAAGAUGAAAAAAAUGCUACUUUUAAUUGUUGAA